AUGUGGCGAUCGGCGCCCAUGCAUAUGGUGCAGCUGUUUGUCCAGAUCGAAGCUGCUCACGACACUGUGGACGAGUUGGGCAAGCUUGGUCUCAUUCAGUUUACCGAUCACAACGAGAACCUCAACAUCUUCCAGAGAUACUUUGUCAAUGAGGUGAAGCGCUGCGAUGAGAUGGAGCGCAAGCUCAAGUACUUUGAGGAACAGAUCCUCAAGGACAAGCGUUUGGCUCGCAUGUACGCCUCAUCCACCUCCAACCCAUUGACCGAGGAGCAGCUUCAAAUGGACGAGCUCGAGGCUCGCUUCGAUGAGCUCGAGUCUGAGCUCAAGCAGGCCAACUCCAACCAGGAGACUUUGCAGAGGAACUACAACGAGCUCAUCGAGCUGCGUUACGUCCUGACCAAGGACGCCGAGUUCUUCCAGGAGAACCCCAACCUCGGUGAGGGUGGUGUGAACGAGUCUGCCCGCUCACCCCUCUUGGAGGAGGCUGUUGACACUGGCAAGCAAGGUGUCAAGCUUGGCUUCAUCACUGGUGUGAUGAACACUGACAAGAUGCCCCAGUUCCAGAGAUCAUUGUGGAGAACCACCAGAGGAAACAACUUUGUUCGUGAUUCUCGUAUCGAGGAGGAUAUCAUUGAUCCACAAUCUGGUGAUGAUACAUCAAAGAGUGUAUUCAUUGUAUUCUUCCAAGGAGAGAGACUCCAACAAAAGAUCAAGAAGAUCUGUGAGUCAUUCGGUGCCAACGUCUAUGAUUGCCCAGACACAUCUGCUGAGCGUGCCAACUUGUUGCAAAAGGUGUCCAUCCGUAUCACCGAUCUGACCGAGGUGUUGGAUCGCUCCAAGGAUCACAAGAAGCAGGUGUUGCUCAACAUUGUCACCAAGCUCACCACCUGGAGAACCAAGGUUCUCAAGGAGAAGGCCAUCUACCACACCAUGAACCUCUUUGACUAUGAUGUCGGAAGAAAGUGUCUCAUUGCCAAGGGAUGGUGUCCAAAGACUGCCAUCGAGGAGAUUCAAACUGCCUUGCGCACAGCAACCACCCGUGCCGGUGCCAUCGUCCCAUCAGUCUUGUCCAUCAUCAAGCCAGAGAACGAGCCACCCACCCACUUUGAGACCAACAAGUACACCAGCUCCUUCCAGCAGAUUGUCAAUGCCUACGGUGUUGCCAAGUACCGUGAGGUCAACCCCGCUGUUCUUACCAUCGUCACCUUCCCAUUCCUCUUUGGAGUUAUGUUUGGUGAUGUCGGUCAUGGUGCCAUGAUGCUUGCCGUCUCUGGAGCAUUGAUUGGACUCGAGAAGAAGUUCGCUGGCAAGAAGCUGAACGAGCUCAUCCAGAUGCCAUUCGAUGGUCGUUAUGUCCUCUUCCUCAUGUCUCUCUUCUCCAUUUAUUGUGGAUUCAUCUACAACGAGUGCUUCUCCAUCCCCAUGAACAUCUUUGGCUCUGGUUGGGUUAAUGACCCCAACAGCACUUACAUGUCCUUUGCCGGACCAACCUAUCCAUUCGGAGUUGAUCCAGCAUGGAAGGGUGCACCCAACGAGCUGGACUACUACAACUCCUUCAAGAUGAAGCUGUCUGUCAUCUUUGGAGUCACUCAAAUGUCACUUGGUAUCUUCUUCUCACUGUUGAACUACCUCCACAUGAAGGGAAUUAUGAAGUGGGUCAACAUCUUGACUCAAUUCAUUCCACAAGUAAUCUUCCUUUGGUCGAUCUUUGGAUACAUGUGCUUCCUGAUUAUGAUCAAGUGGGGCUACAACUAUGGUCCUCAGAUGCCACCCAUUCUCCCAACCAUCAUCAGCAUGUUCUUGACACCAACCGCAGCCAUCCCCGAGGGCCAGGCCUAUUUCAGCGCACAAACUACUGUGCAACCAAUCCUCGUCGUGUUGGCACUCAUCUCUGUGCCAGUGAUGCUCAUCCCCAAGCCAUUCAUCAUGAAGAGGAUGCACGAGCAAGAGGUUGCCGCCAAGGCCGCUGGACAUCAUCACGAGCACGAGCAUGAUGACGAAGCCCUCGACGCCGGUGGUCACCACGGUGACGUGUUCGAGUUUGGUGAGGUGUUUGUCCAUCAAGUGAUCCACACAAUCGAGUUUGUCCUCGGAGCCAUCUCCAACACUGCCUCAUACCUCCGUCUGUGGGCUCUCUCGCUUGCUCACUCUGAGCUGUCCACCGUGUUCUGGGAGCGUAUCCUCAUCGGACAGGUCGAGGGUGGAAACCCAUUCAUGGCAUUCAUUGGCUUUGGUGGAUGGUUGGGUGGUACGAUUGCAGUGCUCCUGAUGAUGGAGUCGCUCUCUGCUUUCCUCCACGCACUCCGUCUCCAUUGGGUGGAGUUCCAGAACAAGUUCUACCAAGGAACUGGUGUACUCUUCACACCAUUCUCCUACACUAGAGUUCUCUCUGGUGAGGAUGAGGAGUAA